UUGGCUCGUUUCCGAUCGAGUGUACGGGAAAAAUCGCUAAUGAUGUGCGGCUCGCUCUCGCUAAUACUGGUGAUCAAACGCUGUUAGAUUUAACGGAAUGGAAUAAGACACGCACUGCAGAGCUCGCGCGGUGCUUUGCGAAUCAUAUACCAGGAGCAAAAUUUUAUUUGCUUGCUGUUAACAAUGGUACUAUUGAUGAUACCAAUUUACAACCUGCAGCGGGCUCCGGGAGUUUCAUCACAGAAUGGAACAUCCAUACACAAUGCCUGACCAUUGAAAGUCGUGUCAAUGAUUGUGAUGAAAUCCAGGUUGUACGGGUACUAUUUGCGGAUAUAGUGAAUUAUUCGUUUUUCAGCAACAAUGAUUCCCCACACAUUCAGCUCAAGCUUUCACAGAACAUCGUUAAACUGUAUACUGAUUAUAUAGCUGAUAUUCAGGAACUGCAGCUUUUCCUAAAACUAACGAUGGGAGGUAAAGAAACGAAAAUGUUGACCCCCCUGGAUAUAGGCAUAAAACAUAUAAAACUUGAUGACUUUGAUGCUGAAGAAAGUAUUGUCGACCAUUUACCGGAACCGCCUCAGCAGACGACAGCUGCUCCAGGACGUUUGUUGAAUCUGGAGCAAUCUUCAAUUGCCCUUUCGUGGGGACGCCUUGAUACUACAGGAAGCAUCGCAGGUGAACUAGAAGAUGGUGCUUCAUCUCCAUCCUCCUCUGCCAUAAACGAGGUUGUUGGGACGGAUGACCGAAGUGGACAUUCAACAUUCACACCGUGCACGCGCCGUCGUGGAACCGUUGCGGUACACAAUAUAGCAAAUAAGACAGGUCCACAAAGCAGCGAAAGGGAUAAAAAUGGAUGCAAUCAACUGGGCCAGGAUCCAUAUGAUUUAAAAAAUAUAGCUAACGAUGGUGACUUUUCUGAAGGUAAAACGCAGGGAAGAAAGAAAAGAGUUGCACAAAAACCCAAAGCCAAGAGCCCGUUACCAUCCCUGGUGAAGAGAAUAUGUUACAACAGGGCUACUAGUAGUAAUAAAAAGAGCUGUGACUCAACAGACGUCGCAAAGGUCGUCGAGGAUAUAGAUAUCGCCGAGGACAGUGACGAUUCGUGGCAACCAGACCGAAAAAAGCCGGCUAGAUUGAAUGUUCCACGACAACCCACAAAGCGAACGAAAAGGUCCCCCCCGAUCCAAAAAGCAGCUCGUCCGUCUGGCAUGGUUUAUGUAAGCUCAACUACGACUACUACAACAAUGAAACAAGGGCGCCGGGUUUCGGUCACCAACGUUGAAAAGUCUACAUUUGUUCCGCAACAGGAACCUGCAAAUACAACACAAGAAGAACCUGAUGACUCGCUGGUUGAAGUGUUGCAGCAGAUUCGGGAGAAUCCGAUCUUUGAUGCUCAAGAUUCUUCGACUGGCUCCUUUGGCAACAAGAGGAAGUCCCCCCCGGGUCGCUGUCUGUCUUACGGCAGCACCGUAGAAGUCGUUCCGAGCGAAUCGAUUCAACCUGGAACAGAUAUGGUUCCCGCAAGUUUCUCAAUCUUAAGUUUCGAGCAAGCUUCCGUCGAUAAUGGCCAAUCCGGUACAAAGUUACAAUAUGUGCUAGAUAAUAUUGUCGCCCCGGGGGUUGAGGAACUAGCCCGGUCAUUUGGUAAAAAAAUGCACGAAGCAAAUAAUUACUACGAGCAUCUGGUCGCUAGCUGCGAUCCACUGUUUAAAGCCAUGGCCGAGAAACACGCGCUCUAUCUCCAGCAGGAACAGGCUGCUUCUCGAACAUUGGAUGAAUUUCUGCAGCUGGCUCACAAAUAUAAAAAAGCUCGUCCUACCGAAACCGAACUUGAAAAAAGGAUUGCUGAAGCAGCUGAGAAUGAGCGUCUUUUCAAAAUGCAGCUAACUAAUGAACGCAAUAAGUUCAAAAACGUCAUUGACGAAGCCGCUGGAUAUGAUUGGAACAGCAUGAAGAAAUCUUACGCUAACAUAAUACAAGGAGCUCUAUUUGGUAACGAUUAG